CUUUUUUCAUCCCAAAAAGGCAUCUUUCCACCUACAGUUUGCAAAAUGAAACAAAACUCAAAUGUUCCAGCUUUCCUCACCAAGCUUUGGACUCUUGUGGAGGAUUCUGAUACAAAUGAAUUUAUUUCUUGGAGUCAGGAGGGUAACAGUUUCCUCGUCAUGAACGAACAGCGAUUUGCCAAGGAGAUCCUUCCCAAGUUCUUCAAACACAACAACAUGGCCAGCUUUGUCAGACAGCUAAAUAUGUAUGGAUUUCGCAAAGUGAUGCACAUUGACACAGGCAUAGUGAAGCAAGAGCGUGAUGGACCAGUUGAAUUCCAGCAUCCUUACUUUAAACAUGGGCAGGAUGACUUGCUGGAAAACAUCAAAAGAAAGGUUUCUAAUGCAAGACCAGAGGAUACUAAGAUCAAACAAGAAGACCUGUCCAAUAUUUUGGCCAGUGUUCAGAAUGUUAAUGGAAAACAAGAAAGCAUUGAUUCCCGACUCAACACAUUGAAAAGAGAUAAUGAAGGUCUAUGGAGGGAAAUAUCAGACCUGAGACAGAAGCACUCCCAACAGCAGCAAAUCAUUAAGAAGUUGAUACAAUUCAUUGUCACAUUCGUACAGAAGAACCGGAUUAUGGGUUUAAAACGCAAACGACCUAUUCUACUGAACAACAAUGGAAAGAAGCCUAAAUACAUCCAUGAAAUCUACGACGAACCCCCUCUGGAGCACAACAAAGUAUGUGUAGAGGUCUGAAGGGAUUUACCUCCUUAUGUAAGGUUCACAUGGGGAUGUCCAUCCAUUCAGACAUCACACUAAUAUAUUUUUUUCUUGACAAGAUUAAGGCAGGAUCAUUGCCCAGGACAAUUGCUUAAAUUGUGAGAGUCAAUGAAACUUGACAUUGUUCGGGGGGAAUUUUCCAAUAUGAGUUUAUAAUGUUAUUCCAAUGAAAAGCAUUCUAAAAAUGUAUAUUCUGAGCCCUCUCCCAGCCCUCUGUCAGUGGUUUGAAGAACGCUGAUCUUACUGAUGAUGUUGUCAUCUGUGACGUAACUGACAACGAUACAGAGAUCACAGAGGGCCCCUCAAUAAUGGAUCAAUCGGGGGAUGUAGAAAUUGUUGAGGUCUUCGACAGCAAUACUGUGUCACAGACAGAUGGCGCUGACAAUCCAGGCCAGACCAACUCUUUGGUAUUCGAACCAGAAGAGACCACCAUAAGCACGUAUGAUAGCCUUCCAACCAGCAGCGUCUUGCAACUCAACAAACCAUCAGGCUUGAGCCUGGAGGAUCCCAUGAAGAUGAUGGACUCAAUCCUCAAUGAGAGUGGAGCUAUCUCUCAGAAUAUCAACCUCCUCGGCAAGUAAGUGGACUUGCUUUACCUUCGAGGUCUGUAGUUCCUGAAGAACUUGAAAAGGCUCUCACAAUAUGUCCCAUAUUACUGGGUAGCAUUUUUGCAUUACUAAGGAUAUAUAGGCCUAUGGAAUUUGUUUCAGCUUACAGUUAAUAAGAAGCAUCCAUAUGUUUUAACAGGGUUGAGCUGAUGGACUACUUGGAUAGCAUUGACUGCAGUUUGGAAGACUUUCAGGCUAUGUUGUACGGGAAGCAGUUCAGCAUUGAUCCAGAUAUUUUAGAGGUAUGCUUUUCAUUUUUAAAUGUAACUGGGAAGUUGAUAGGCCACAGAGGUUUAUGUUAAUGACAUUUCAUACAAAAUGUUUUUACUCAGUUCUAUGAUUCCUCUUCAGUUUUUCAGUUCAAAUUGCCCUGUGAACUUGCGAGAUUUCAGCAUCUGCACAGCUUAAGUGAGUCCUGUCAAACAGGCAAUACACAAGUCUAUAGUGAGGCUACUACCUGCUUCCCCUCUCUUUACUCAACGUCAAGCCUUCCUGUCUGAAUUCUUUUGUGUUACUGAAUUAAUUUCACUAAAUUAUGUAAUCUUUAGGAGAGUGGUGGUUCCAAAGGAAAUGCAGGGCUGCAAUCCAAAGGAGGCAAGUCUGGCGUCUCUGCAGACAAGCAGCUGGUCCAGUACACGUCCUGCCCUCUGCUGGCCUUCCUGGAUGGCUGCACCCCUUUGGCCCCAGAGCCAGACAGCAGCAUAGCCACAGAGCUGGGAGACAGCCUGCUGCAGCCCAGCACUGAGGUACCCACAGACCUCCUGGAGCCAGAUGAGGAGCCUCCACGGAGCUCCCUGAUCCGCCUAGAGCCUCUGACUGAGGCAGAGGCCACGCUUUUCUACCUGUGUGAACUCAACCCAGAAGGGAGUGGCACUGACUCGACACAGCUGGAGAUUUAACCAAGGAGCAGAAAAAACUCAAUGAUUUACUGUAUUUAUUUCCUUGUAUAUUUUGGUACAUUUAGGUCAAAAGACAUUCCAUAAUGUAGCUGUUUAUGGUUUCUCCACUAUUUCCACUAGCAGUUGAAGGUAAACCCUGAUUUAAAAAAAAGGCUGCAAUUUUGUUUCACUGUAUUAUUGAUUUCUGUGUUGAUAGGUCAAUGAUCACAUUCUUUAAAUGAAAAAAACAAGUGCCUGCAUACUUCCUUGUCCUAGAACUACAGUGCUCAGCAUUUCAAAUACUAUAGUCUGGUGUGUAUCAUAAGGUGUCGUUUUAAGGCUUCUGUGAUUUUGCCUAUCCUGUGAGAUUCCCUGUUAAGCUUCACAAUAACAUUCAAAUAAAGUGUAUUUUCAUUCUGAA